CCAAGCGACCGGCCCCGCGCGAGCGGCCGCCGCCGGCCCGGGCCACGAUGGCGGGGAAGGCGGCCUCCCCGGGCACCGCGGUGCUGCUGGUCACGGCCAACGUGGGCUCCCUCUUCGACGACCCGGAGACCCUGCAGAAGAACUGGCUUCGGGAGUUUUAUCAGGUCGUGCACACGCACAAGCCGCACUUCAUGGCGCUGCACUGCCAGGAGUUUGGAGGGAAGAACUAUGAGGCCUCCAUGUCCCACGUGGACAAGUUCGUCAAAGAGCUGCUGUCCAGUGACGCCAUGAAGGAGUACAGCCGCGCCCGCGUCUACCUGGACGAGAACUUCAGGUCCCAGGAGCACUUCACGGCAUUAGGAAGCUUUUAUUUUCUUCAUGAAUCCUUAAAAAACAUCUACCAGUUUGACUUUAAAGCCAAGAAGUAUAAAAAGGUCACGGGCAAAGAGAUCUACUCGGACACGCUGGAGAGCACGCCCAUGCUGGAGAAAGAGAAGUUCCCGCAGGACUACUUUCCCGAGUGCAAGUGGUCGAGGAAAGGCUUCAUUCGGACGCGGUGGUGUGUCGCGGACUGUGCCUUUGACUUGGUCAACAUCCAUCUUUUUCAUGACGCUUCCAAUCUGGUCGCCUGGGAGACGAGCCCCUCGGUGUACUCGGGGAUCCGGCACAAGGCCCUGGGCUACGUGCUCGACAGAAUCAUCGACCAGCGGUUCGAGAAAGUGUCCUACUUUGUGUUUGGCGAUUUCAACUUCCGGCUGGACUCCAAGUCCGUGGUGGAGACUCUCUGCACAAAGGCCACGGUGCAGACGGUGCGGGCCGCCGACACCAACGAGGUCGUGAAGCUGGUAUUCCGUGAGUCGGACAAUGACCGGAAGGUGAUGCUUCAGCUGGAAAAGAAACUCUUUGACUACUUCAACCAGGAGGUUUUCCACGACAACAACGGCACCGCGCUCUUGGAGUUUGACAAGGAGCUGUCUGUUUUCAAGGACAGGCUGUAUGAGCUGGACAUCUCGUUCCCUCCCAGCUACCCGUACAGCGAGGAGUCCGGCCAGGGCCAGCGGUACAUGAACACCCGAUGCCCCGCGUGGUGCGACCGCGUUCUCAUGUCCCCGUCUGCCAGGGAGCUGAUUCUGAAGUCGGAGAGCGAGGAGAAGGUUGUCACCUACGACCACAUCGGGCCCAACGUCUGCAUGGGGGACCACAAGCCCGUGUUCCUGGCCUUCCGCAUCGCGCCCGGGGCAGGUAAACCUCACGCCCAUGUGCACAAGUGUUGUGUCGUGCAGUGACGUGUGGGAAGCGAUGCCACCGACACCAGAGGGCCCUUCGCGAGACCCCCCUGUAGCGCGAAGAGCCGUGGAAGUCCCGUCCACGGAAACCCGUCCACGGAAACCCGCCCGAGCGCCACCCGCUAGAAGGCCGGCCCCACACUUCGCUUCAGCCUCCGGACCGUUCCGGAACAGCCUCACAUACCUCACUGUCUUGUCUGUUCAUGUGACAUUAAGUAGAAACAUUGGGUUUUUGUAACAAGUCACCGUCCUGUUGCCAAACUGCAUAGACCGGAGAGGGAGUCUGAGAGUUCAGAGUUUCUAAUCACUGUCCGCGUGGGAAGAGCUUCUCUGGCGUGGAGACCCCACAGGUGUCCCACGUGCCCCUCUGCCAGCUGGAGGAGUGCCCGGGGGAGAGGCGACAGGCAGGGGCUCUUUGCGACUCAGGCAGUGUGGCCACUGUGAGGAGAACAAGGAGCCCUGGUCUUCGCGUCUGGCGGCUCCUUCCACGUUAUUACUGCCGUGUUACAUGGUUUUAGAAUCACACUGCAGCUGCUUUCCAUUUUUAUAUAUAUAAAUAUAUAUAAAUAUAUACUUUUUAAAAAUAAUUUAUAAAUCUUACCAAAACUUAUGCUAAAUAUACUUUCCAGGAUGAAUGCUUGCGAGGGUCCUGUCGGCAGGUGGGGCGGAGGCUAGGAGUCCGGGGACGUGGGCGUCCGCGCAGACCCAGCGGGCCAGGUGGCCGCGCGGUGCCGUCUGGGGGCCGUGGGCCGCAGCACGUCUACACUUGCAGACCUUACUUCUAUGCCUUUUCUUCUGUGUAAUAUUAAGAACCGAAUGUGAAGUUUAUAGCUAGCUCGGGUGUACCUUUGAAGAAUUUUGUAAACUGUUUCGUCUUUUGUUACUGUUCUAUGGUGCCAAGUGUUCGACAUAAAACAAUAAUAUCAUGGGAGAAACAAAAUAGGCUAGUCUGCUUCCGAUAGAAACCGCUUUUAACACAGGCUGUCUGUAGAUCUCUUAAGAGAAGCAAAACCGUGAGUUUCCGUGGCUGCCACCGCGGCCAGCCUCCGGGACACCCCGCUGCGACCCUGUCCCCCAGCACGAAGCACAGCAUUACUAGCCCAUGCGGAGCCUGCGGGUCGGACACAGCGUGUGUUUUAUUGAUCUGCUUUAGAACACUACACAACUCCCGGACUGGGGGAGGCCUUAGAUGCUCGUUUUCGGGCAGAUCACUACCGUCGCAAGCGAAUCCGUUCUGGCCGGUGCGGCCGGCUGGGGGCCGUGGCCGCUCUGCUCUGUCCACGCGCCCCACGGCAGGCCCGCCCCACGGCUUCUGUGUAACGGGGUGUCAGCUGUUGGUCACUGUGGAGGCCUGUAGAAAUGACCGCUCCGGUUCCUAAGCAAUAAAAUUGAUCAUGGUGAAAACA